AUGCUCUUAUUUUAUUGUUCGCUUGCGAUUAUCGCAGUGGUUUCUGCUAAAAAUGAGGAGUAUAUGGGGUUCAGGGUUUACAACCUGACCUUUUCGACCCAGGAGCAGCAAGACAAGUUCCAUCUGCUUAAAAGCGAUUUGAUUGAAUUCUGGCAGCGACCAAAUCUACAACGCAAUGUGGUCGGUCAGGCCAUGGUUCCGCCUUCUCAUUUCCCAUGGUUCGAAGAGCAACUCGAAAAAUUGGGUAUCGAAAGGAGUUUGCAUGUAACUGACGUAUUUGAAUUUUUAAAAGAAAAGGAUCCAACACCAAUGUUAAGAAACAACAGAAAUUUUGACUACACCGAUUUUUAUAGGUACAAUGAAAUCUUAAAUCAUCUAAACACCUUAAAAGAAUCUUACGCAAACAAUCCAAAUAUCAACGUAGACAUUAUACAACAUGGAGUUACAGACCAGAAUCGUCCAUUAGUAUAUUUGAAGAUAUCCAGGGCCACCACCGCCAUAAGACCGGUGGUGAUAAUAGAAGCUGGUAUUAUCCCUAAUGAAUGGAUAACUAUACCGGCAGUUCUGAAUACAGUGGAUAGAAUAUUGGAAGGGUCUGCCUAUUUGGAUGCAUUUGAUUGGAUUGUCGUACCUGUUGUUAAUCCUGAUGGAUAUGAAUAUACUCAUACCAAUCUGAGACUCUGGUCGAAAUCUCGAAGCACCAGAAGUAACCUUGGCAUCAUCUGCCCUGGGGUCAACAUCAAUCGCAAUUUCGACUUGGACUGGUCACACUUCGACUCUAGCUCCAGUCCCUGCAGUCACCUUUAUGCUGGAGUCGAACCCUUCUCAGAACCAGAAACCAAACUCUUGAAGCAUUUAAUAGACGAAUAUGGUACCAGAACUCGGUUGUACUUAUCUCUUCAGAACAACGGAGGGUUCCUAACAUAUCCAUGGCAUUUUGAGAAGGCUGCUAGUGGGAUGUUUAGGCAGCAUCAUCUAACUGGCAUAGAUGCUGUCAAUGCUAUGAACGAGAAUUAUAUAUUAGGAGCGGCUUCUGUUGUGUUUGGGGAAAGAGCUUCAGGCACUAGUGUAGAUUAUGUUAGAUCUAACGGUUUACUUUAUACUUUCAAUAUUGAUAUUGUACAAAGAGGAAACGGUGUUUUGAUACCGGCAGGUGAAAUUCGAAGUAUUGUAGAUGAUGUUUGGAGAGGAAUUUCUGCUAUUGUUAACAGUAUUAUCUAA